AUGAGGCGGAAUGUGGAGGUGGCCGGGGUUCACCUGGCGGAUUGCACGCUGCUGUACUGCCGCCACGAACUCGCGCUUGAGGAGAAGAAGGCGGCCGCCACCGAGGCGCAAAAGGAUUGCAAGUCCCAAGCAACGGGGAACUCCAAAAACGCUGGAAGCACCGCAAAGCAACUGGCCUCCCCGUACGUCCGUGUGGACGGGGAGCUAAUUUCCACGAACAUUGCCAUGGCCAGUCUAUUCCGCGCCGAGGCGGAGCGCAAGGAGCGCUUGGCUUUAAAGGCGCGACAAGAAAAGGAGCGGGCUGCCUUGUGUGUCCUUCACGACGGAAUGCGAGAAACGAUUAUUGACCAGUGGAUACUUGGGAUAGAAAAGUUAGUGCUUGUGGAAAAAGAGGAGCGUCGAAGAGCUCAGUGUCGGGAGCGGUCCCGACGGACCUCGGAUUGGCGAGAUGCUCUGGUAGAGCAACACCUAGCGGACGAAGUACGGCUGUGGGCGGAUGAGGAGCAACGGAUGACGCGCGAACGAAACGAGGGCAGAGCGGCGCAUCGUCAGCGAGUCACACUGAGACGGAAGUGA